AACGCUUUCGUUGCAGUCGCAGAUGUGAGAUGCGGAAGUCGCAAAGUCGCACGGCGUUUCGCCAAAGUUGUGGGUGGUGAAAACGCGGAGAAAGGAGAAUUUCCCUGGUUGGUGUCCAUUACCAGGAGGGGUGGGCACUUUUGCGGGGGUACGGUAAUCAAUAACAGAUUUGUGCUGACAGCUGGACACUGCUUAUGCAGUGGAGUUGGCCAAGACAUCUUAAAACCAGCAAACAUCAAGAUAACCCUCUCGCAACAUGACUUGACGAAUACAAACAGCGACGCUUACCAAAUGGACAUAAAAACAGUUAUGAUUCACCCGGGUUAUAUCUGUAACAAACCGAAAGACGACAUAGCCAUGUUAGAACUAGAAAAGGAGCUUCAGUGGUCCGAUUCAGUGAUACCAGCUUGCCUACCAGUUGCUGCAAAUCACGACAGAUACUCUAAGUUUGAUAAUAUCUUAGCUACCGUUGCUGGAUGGGGAUGGACCAAUGAAAAGAAUUCAAAAGGAGGCCGCGCCAAGAUCUUGCAGAAAGCCAAAGUAAAUGUAAUAGAAACUGAGAAAUGUAGAUCCUGGUAUAAAGCUCAAGGAAAGAAAACAAAAAUUCAAGAGACUCAGUUAUGUGCUGGUCACGAACAAGGAGGAAUUGACGCCUGUUGGGCUGACAGUGGCGGUCCAUUGAUGAUUAACACUGAGGGGCAAAACGACCAAAUGGUGGUUGUAGGUGUAGUUUCGACAGGAAUUGGUUGUGCUAGGCCACAAUUGCCAGGCAUUUAUACAAGAGUAUCCGAAUACAUCCCUUGGAUAACAGAAACUAUUAGAAGAUAG